AUGUGCUUCCAUCAAACAUCAGGUAGGUAAUAUAAAUCUGUUUGAACAACACUCGACAUUUCAAUCGGAAAUCAAUUGCAUAGAUACCAAUUGGUCAGGCAUCAUUUUUCAGAUAAUCUGCUAUUAUUCUUCGAUCUUUGACUCUUUCAUCGCCAUUUGAUUGUUUGAUAAAAACUCAACUAUGACAAAGGUAAAUGCUUGGGACGACUGUCUUUCAGAACAGAACUUUCCUAUUGAUCUUUCAAAACGUUCUAGAAAUAUUACUACAGGUGCUGAUAAACUUUCAGAGAUUCUGAUUUUGCGCAACAAUGAAGAGAAAGAGAAAUGUGAAUAUCUAAACCAAAUGACGUCUAACUGUCUUUCAGAACAGAUCUUUCCACUUGAUCUUUCAAAACUUUCUAGAAGUCUUUCUACAGGUGCUUAUGAACAUAAAAAGGUUCUGAACAUUUGCAACAAUGAAAAGAAAGAAAAAUGUGAAAAUCUAUACCAGAUGAUGUCCAGCAAAUUCAAAACUCAGAAGAUCAAAAGACCUAUGAAUGCUUUCAUGCUCUACAGGAAAGACGAAUCAGUCCAGUAUCGUAAGAUUUUUGCAAAUAUAUUAGAAAUGAACGCCGAACUGGGUAAAAAGUGGAGAAAUGAACCACAACAUGUGAAGGAUCGUUACUUCGAAUUAGCUAAAUUAGAAAAACAACAGCACAAACAACAGCAUCCUUAUUUUACGGAGAGACGUAAUCAAAAAUGUGGAAAGCAAAAAGAAUCACAAUUUGUUUAUGGUUCGUUGAAAACAUCAAUCAGUGAACCAGUGAUCAGUAGCUUGCACAAAACAUCAACAAAGUCAAAAAAACAUAUUUGGAAUUCUUCUAAUAAUACGAUGAUUUCAGCGAGAAGCGCAAAUCAACCUAAGAAGUUAUCAAAUGUGCAAGAUGAUGAGUGUCCCAUUUCGCCUGAAAUGAUCAUAAAAAAUUAUGUAACAAAUUUCAAACUAUCUGCACACAUUCCAAAUGUGUGGGAUUAUAAAAAACUGAAUAAGCGUCAAUUUCAAUCGGAAAAUUAUAAUAGUAUUGAAUCAUACAAAGAAAUCAACCUAGCCAAACUAAAAAAAAUUGAUAAAAAGUUCAGCAACUUCUUCCCGUUAGAAAUAAAUAACGAAAAAAGUGAGCUUAGCUAUGAAUGUUCGAAUAAUAUAAUUAAUGAACAACGUUUGACAUGCAAAAUUGAACCGCAAGAGGAUGUGUGGAAUGUUCAAAAUGAAAUGGCUGAAGAAGCAACAACACAACAAUGGCUACAAAAUCCUAACAGUAGGUACCAUUCAUAUUCCAUAUUGAAUGUUGCAAAACAGUUUCAUCUUGCUCCUAAUCCGUUUGUAACACCCACUAGUAAACUGUUUGCAGAUGGUUUCCAUCAACAUUCAUUCAACCAAUGUGCCAAUCAAGGUCUCAGACUGUCUUACUCCACCUACAAAGAGUAUUUGGGCGAGGAAUUAAAAACAUCAGAAGGACUCUCUAAUGCAUUCGAGUUUCAAAACUAUUUUUCUGAUCCAGUAAAGCAACUUAUCACAACAUACGUUCCAGACAUACUUAGUGUAGCUAUACAAAAGGGUGUUCACAAGGCGUCUCCUGAUGUAGUAAAAGUUAUCAUUGUAAGUGGUAAUUUGAUAUCCAGGACAGAAAAUGUUUAUUUAUUAGACACGAGAGUUCGCUUCAGGGAAAGUUUAAUUGCAGACAAAUAUCUUGCGUUUCCAUGGGUUGUCUUUAAUUCAACUUUGCGAAAGCAACAAAGAUCUUACAAAUAUAACUUUGCAUUUUGCACGCUGUAA